AUGGAGUUCGUGAUCGCGCAAGAGCGCACGAAGAGCUCUUCCUUCGUUUUGAGCGAGUUUAUGGGUAUCAGUCAGCAUAUGGCUGAUGCGCUGCAAGUGAAUCCUUGGGAUCUUGGAAUGUGUUGUGAGCGGGAUGUAGCGGCUGCCAUGAACCGCGGGUUGGUGAUUUCGGAGGAGGAGAAAGCGUCAAGGCACGCGGCGUUGCACAAGGUCGUAACGACUCACACCUCGCACACGUGGGCUGCGGUCCAUUCGGCACUAUGCAGUAUGCGGCGAGCGCAAGCUAGUAUCUAUAGGACGCCUAAGUCUACUGUAAAUGCUCGGCCAUGUUGGCAGUGGCCAGACAAGCAGGCUGUCACGAUUGUAGUUCUUGCACCUUCUAUGCAAUUCAGCUAA